GGUUAUCUUAAUAAUAAAGAAGCUACAGAUGCAAUUAUCGACAAAGAAGGAUUUAUUAACACAGGAGACAUUGUAUCUAUUGAUGAACAAGAUGCAGCAGUAAUCGGAUAUAAUUCUGAAGAAGAAGAAACCGAAAUUCCUAUAGCAUAUGUUACAAUUAGAAAUGGCUAUGAUAAGUCUCAAGCUUUAGCAGAAGAAAUUCAAUCAUUUGUAGAUGAAAAGGUUGCGCCGUAUAAAAAAUUGAGAGGUGGUAUAUUGUUUAUUGAUAUAAUUCCAAAAUCUGAAGCUGGUAAAAUUCUAAAAAGAUUAUUAAGAGAGAAAUUAAAGAAUAAUAUUAAAGAAUGA